AUGGGUGACGUUCCUGGGCCCUCUACAGCUCCUUACUUCAAUCAAAGGAAGGCAACAGAGAACUUCUCCCGUCUGUGUCAGCUAAUCAUGACGAUCUGUAGCGACUUGUUCAGGGACAUUCUAGGUCGUUACAUCAAUCCAGCUGACCUGAGGUCAGAGCUGGACAACAACAGAACGAGGCUGGAGAGAAUUAUGAAUGCUCAACAGAAAGAACAGAUCUAUCAGGCGUCCGGUUCAAUUAGUCUGACUGCUAAAGACCUGGACAUCUCUGUAUUGUAUAUCAUAUUGAGGAACAUCUGUAACAUACCCAAACAUCGAGCCGGAUGGGGAAAUCCUCCCCUCAAUGGUGAUAAAAGAUUAUCGGCCUGCAUAGAAAGGAUCAGAAUCCAGAGAAAUUUAAUCUCCGGUCAUUGUGUCACUGCUGCUGUGGAUGACAUAAUGUUUCAAGAGCACUGGGACGAACUCAAAGACGCCAUCAUAGAAAUUGAAAAACAGUGUGUCGGUGGGGACAUGUAUGAGAGAGGCGUAAACGAGUUGUUAUCCUGUGAUCUGAACCCAGGAAGAUCCAAGCUCUAUGUUGAAGAAUUUAAGAAAAUACAUGCAUUCAAUUAUCUUGACAGAAAAUAUGCAGAUAAAACAAGAAGAGAUCAAAAAGCUAAAGACAAAUACAUGCAGGACAAACAGUAA